AUGAGGGCAGAUAUUAAAACUUGGUUACUGUUUUUAGAAUAUUUCAAUGGAGUCACUUCUUACAGAAUUGUGGAUUGGACAAAUGAUUUUGACUUGGAGUUAUUUACUGAUAGUGCAGAAAAUAUUGAGUUAGGUUGUGGUGCUAUUUUAGGUACAUGUAAGCAAUGGGCAUGCAUGCAAUGGCCAGCACAGUGGAAAUGGUUAGAGAUCAUUAAAGACAUUACAUUCUUAGAGUUAGUACCAAUAGUUAUGGCUUUUGACAUCUGGGGUGGAAAAUUGGCUGGCAAGAAAGUUAUUCUUCACACCGAUAACCAGGCCCUUGUAUCUAUUCUUAAUUCUAAGACAUUCAAAUCAAAAAGGGUCAUGCGUUUGCUUAGGAAUUUGGUUCUUCGGGGGUUAGUGUAUAACAUUCAGUUGAAGGCGACACAUAUCAUAGGCCUGCAUAGUAUCAAAGCCGAUUCUCUCUCUCGACAGCAGUGGUCACGUUUCCGGGCCAGCUUCCCAGAGGCGGAGGACCACCCAACAUUAAUUCCCCAGUCAUUUCUGCAGGCGAUCUACGACAUAGAGCUCGAGAGCUGUUAA